GCUAAGCACAUGUAGUUUUCUCGGCUCUUCAGCAAUUUCUGAAUUUUUCCUUUAUAUUUUAUUUGUUAUCAUCCCAACUGUUACUUUUACUAUUGAUUCGUCGGAGAGGAUCAAUAUUAUGUCAUCAAAAAAAGUUUCAAGCCACCCAAAUAUAGUUAUUCCAGGAAAUAAGGCAACAGCUAUGACAACCUCGACUACUAAUUCCGAACACGAAUAUGCCAUGAAAAUUGGUCGUGACGACCACAAGGAUAAACGCAAAGAGCCCUCAUCUAUACAAAACACUCCAACUAAGAUGUCCACUAAGAAACUGAAAGACCUGACCACUCGUACAUCAGAGCUUGAACGCUACAAAAGAAGAUGGAACCUCCGAGUGAUUGGAAUGAAGGAGGCUGCAGAUGAAGCCAUCCGUGAAGACGUCAUUUCACUGUUAGCUGAAAUAGCUCCUCACCUGCGGCACAAGCUUGAUGACAUCGUGGAUACAGUCCACCGCGUUGGACCACGGCAAAAGGAUAAAUCCAGACAGGUGAUCAUUCAGUUUUGUAUGAGGAAAUACAGAGAUGAGUUCUGGCGCUCCACGAAAUUUUCGGACAUCUGUAAAACCAAGGGGAUAAAGUUUACUGAGGACUUAUCCAAGGGAGAUCGAGAGGCUCGUGCGGCGCUGUGGCCGGUGAUCAGCGAGGCCAGAGCUGCGGGGAAGAAAGCGUACUACCGCGGCCCUUACGGCUAUAUUGAGGGCACUCGGAUCGUCAAAAAUAGCUGAC